GCCGGCGGGGCGGCGGCGGCGGCGGCGAUGGCGUUGCUGCUGGCGCUGUUGCUGCUGGCGCUGCCGGCGGCGGCCCCGGGGGACGCGCGGCAGGAGGCGGCGGUGCGGGCGCUGGCGCGGCGGCUGCUCGGUGCCCGCGCGGCCGCGGUGUCGCUGUCGGUGGAGGCGGCGCUGGCGGCGGGCGGCCCCGAUCAGUACCGGCUGCUCUCUCCGCCCGGAACCGCCGUGGCUGUGGCCGUGAUCGGUUCGAGCGGAGCCGCGGCGGCCGCAGGGCUGUACCGGUACCUGCGCGACUGGUGCGGCUGCCACCUGUCCUGGUCGGGGGCGCAGCUCCGGCUGCCCGAGCCUCUGCCCCGCCUGUCCCGGGAGGUCCGCGGGGCCGCCCCCGGCAGGUACCGGUACUACCAGAACGUUUGCACCCAGAGCUACUCCUACCCCUGGUGGGACUGGGCACGCUGGGAGCGGGAGAUCGACUGGAUGGCGCUCAGCGGCAUCAACCUGGCACCCGCCUUCGUGGGGCAGGAGGCGAUCUGGCAGCGGGUAUACCGUUCCCUCGGCCUCAACCAGUCUGAGAUCGAUGCCUACUUCACGGGACCGGCGUUCCUGGCUUGGAACAGGAUGGGGAACCUCCGCGGCUGGGCAGGGCCGCUGCCACCGUCCUGGCAUCUCAAGCAGCUUUACCUGCAGUACCGGAUCGUGGAGAGGAUGCGCUCGCUGGGGAUGAUCACAGUGUUACCGGCCUUCGCAGGCCACGUGCCCCAAGGGAUUCUCCGGGUCUUCCCGCGUGUGAACGCCACUCGCCUUGGGGGCUGGAGCCACUUCGACUGUACCUACUCGUGUAUCUACCUGCUGGACCCGGAGGACCCCAUGUUCCAGGUGAUCGGGACCCUCUUCCUGAAGGAGCUGAUCAAGGAGUUUGGCACAGAUCACGUUUAUAGCGCUGACACCUUCAAUGAGAUGACUCCCAUCUCCUCUGACCCUGCGUAUCUCUCGAGGGUCAGCAACGCCGUCUUCAGGUCCAUGACAGGAGCUGACCCCGAGGCACUGUGGCUGAUGCAGGGUUGGCUCUUCCAGCACCAACCGGACUUCUGGCAGCCGGCGCAGGUGCGGGCCCUGCUGCACGGCGUCCCCCUCGGCAGGAUGAUCGUCCUUGACCUAUUUGCUGAGUCCAAACCUGUUUACCAGUGGACGGAAUCCUUCUACGGGCAGCCCUUUAUCUGGUGCAUGCUGCACAACUUUGGGGGCAAUCACGGUCUCUUUGGCACCGUGGAGGCCAUCAACCACGGCCCCUUCGCGGCUCGCCGCUUCCCCAACUCCACCAUGGUGGGCACCGGGCUGGUGCCUGAGGGCAUCGAGCAGAACGACAUGGUGUACGAGCUGAUGAACGAGCUGGGCUGGCGCCAGGAGCCCCUCGACCUCCCCAGCUGGGUGACCCGUUACGCCGAGCGCCGCUACGGCGCCCCGAAUGCUGCCGCCGCCAGUGCCUGGCGCCUGCUCCUCCGCAGCGUCUACAACUGCACCGGCGUCUGCGUCAACCACAACCGCAGCCCGCUGGUGCGCCGGCCCUCCCUGCACAUGGACACGGAGCUGUGGUACAACGCCAGCGAUGUCUACGAGGCUUGGCGGCUCCUGCUGAGCGCCAGCGCCGACCUGGGCUCCAGUCCCACCUUCCGCUAUGACCUGGUGGACGUCACGCGGCAGGCGGCUCAGCAACUGGUGAGCGACUACUACCUGAGCAUCCGCCAGGCCUUCCAGAGCCACGCGCUGCCGGAGCUGCUGACGGCCGGCGGAGUGUUGGUCUACGACCUUCUGCCAGAGCUCGACAACCUCCUCUGCAGCCACAGCCUCUUCCUGCUGGGCCGCUGGCUUGAGAGUGCCCGUGCCGUGGCCACCAGCGACCGCGAAGCCGAGCAGUACGAGCUGAAUGCCCGAAACCAGGUGACACUUUGGGGACCCACUGGGAACAUCCUAGACUACGCCAACAAGCAGCUGGGGGGGCUGGUGCUGGAUUACUACGGUGUGCGCUGGAGCCUCUUCGUUUCUGUCCUGGUUGAGAGCCUCAACUCGGGUACCCCUUUCCAUCAGGACCAGUUCAACCAGGCUGUCUUUCAGGUGGAGAGAGGUUUUGUCUACAACAAGAAGCGCUACCCGGCCGUGCCGGCUGGGGACACGUUGGAGAUCUCCAGGAAGCUGUUCCUCAAAUACUACCCCAGCGCGCUGCGACGCAGCAACGCUGGACCGGCGUGACUUUAGGCUGAGUCUCUGGAGCCUCCCCCGAGAGGGAGAGCAGACAUCCCGUGCCUUUCGGUGUCCGGGCUCCCACACCUCCUGCCUCAACGCUGCGUCCCGGCCGUGCUGGAGUGAAGAUGCAGAGCUUUGGUGGCCACCAACCAGCCUGGACCCAACCCCUGUGUGGGUUGGAUGCGCGCAGAGGGAGGCUGGCAGAUGGAUGGGGAGCAGGUUUUUCUCCAGGGACCCAUCCUGCGCCGUGCUCAGCCCUCCCUGGCUCCUGGCCCUGGGAAAGCUCGGCUGCCGGAGGUGGGAGCCGGGAGGUGAAGGUUCUGCCACCCCAGUGCUCCCAGCUGGAAGCUUGACAGGAGCUGGGAUUGCUCAAGGACAAAAGGAAAGGACACGCAGAGCCUGGGGCUGGCGGAGAAGCAGCCGGGAAGGUGGCAGCGAGAUGGGGCAGAGCAGCCCCUCCUGUGGGAGCGUGGGGAUCGCUGUGCCGGACGCUUCCUACCCCAUGAACCCCAGUGCCUGGGGGGGCCCUGCACGGCCCCGGCCACACUUGGUGCCUUUUGUAUCGAAAGAAACUUUGCAGAGUUUUCUGUGGUGACACUGGGGUUGUGCUCACUGGGAUGGGUUUAUUUUAGGCCUUUCUCCCCACAAGUCGGG